AUGUCCUCUAAGUUUCAACGCAGUGUUCUUGUCACCGGUGGCACUACCGGUCUAGGAUACCAGUGCGCCCUAGCCAUAGCUCGCGAAUGCCCAACCUAUCAAAUCAUCAUCGCCUCCCGAACUGAUAACGGUGCUGCCGAGACUAUCAACAAACUCCUGGGACACGGCAACGUCCAUUUCAUGCGACUUGACCUCUCAAGUCUCUCCCAGGUGCGCUCAUUCGCCACGGACUGGGAAGCGAAGAACCUUCCUCCGUUAUACUCGCUUGUCUGUAAUGCAGCUCUUCAAUUUCCCGGUGCCGCCGAGUACACAGAUGAUGGCUUCGAAAAGACAUUUGCUGUAAGCCAUGUCGGCCAUGCUCUCCUGUUCUCGCUUCUCCGACCAUAUCUUGCUUCCACGGCCCGUGUCGUAAUUACAGCGAGUGGAACCCAUGACCCAGCGCAGAAAACUGGUAUGCCCUCAGCAUUUUAUCACUCUGCUGCGGAGCUUGCGCAUCCACUGCCUAAGUACACACACGGAAAUGGCCGACAACAUUACACAAAUACCAAAUUAGCCAACGUGUUGUACAUGUAUGCGUUGCACCGCCGCUUCGUGAAGAUCAAUGAGAAGACUGGGAAUCAUUGGACUGUGAAUGCCACUUGUCCGGGACUGAUGCCUGGGACGGGACUUAUUCGAAAUGCAAGCAAAAUUGAGCAGUUUCUUUGGUAUAAAAUCGCACCAUGCUUGAUUCCUCUGAUGCGUGUUUUGAUAUCCUCGAAUAUCCAUACACCACGGCAAUCUGGAGAGGCGUUGAUGAGACUGGCUGUUAGUUCUGAUGUUGAGGGUAUUAGUGGUGCUUAUUUCGAAGGGAGAAAGGAGAUCAAAUCGAGUCAGGAUAGCUACAAUGAGGCUAAGCAAGAGGAUUUGUGGAAAUGGACUAUUGAGGCGGUGGCUCGUGAUGAAGAGAAAUUAUCAUUUUCUCUUCAGGAUUUGCUGUGA